AUGCAUGCAGCGGCAAAUAAGCAGCGACGUGAUGUUCAGUUUGACGUUGGAGAUUGGGUGUACUUAAAGCUCAGGCCAUACCGAAAAAAUACCGUGGCAAUGCGGAAGGUAGAGAAGCUUGCACCACGGUUCUUUGGUCCUUACUUUGUGAUUCAGCGAGUGGGCAAGGUCGCUUAUAAGUUGGCUCUACCAGAUCAGAGUCAAAUCCACCCAGUGUUCCAUGUCUCCCAGCUACAGCUUGGAGUGGAGCCUCAGGAUAAGGUUCAUGAGCUUCCUUUAAUCCUUUCUUCUUCCUUCGAGUGGAACACUGAGCCUGAAGAGUUGUUGGAGAUCAGGCAGUCGAGUUUGAACAAGCAAGCGGAGGUUCUAGUGAAAUGGAAAGGUUUGCCUGAGUUCGAGAGCACUUGGGAAUCAGUUAAGACAUUGGCAGAGCAGUACCCAGAGUUCCAGCUUGAGGACAAGCUGACAUCAGCUUAUCACCAGGCUUUGUGCUUCGAUCAAUCAAAGCUUCGCGGGUUGAGAACUGCAGGCUGGGCGUCGAGGCUGAUGGAUCGAGCAGUUGGCUUCAUCUGGAGUGGUCGCCGUGAGCUUUACGGACUGAAAGCUUCAAGCUUGGGUCGAGGAAGAUGA